GUGAGCUAGCAGACUCUGAAAGGCCGGGAGCAGGGGAAGGACAGGCAGACUUGAGCAGGAAAUGUGUUUAAGAGUGGAAGGUCGGACUUAACUCUUGCCUGCGGGACUCAUCACAGAAUACCGAGAUAGAAAACCUGAAGCUCUCAGAAUAAAUAAAUAUUCAAAGCUGUGGAUCCAACAGCCACCGUCUCUGGACGGGGAUGAUUCCAACACACUGAGGAGAAGCGGCAAAAACACACACUGUAAAGCCCGUGCUGUUGCGGAGGGCAACAUCAGGGCAGGGCUAUCAGCAGCGCCAGAAGAGCCUGACACAGGUCCACCUUAAGAUCGCAUCUCCGCAGCUGCGCCCGCUGCACGUGCCACCGUCCUUGCUCACAGGGAGAGCCUGGGGCUCCAGAUAAUGGGACUUGGCCCCACUACGGCUGGAGCAUGCCUCUUCUUGUCAUUCCGGGAAAGCCAAGGCUGAACUGCGCAGCCUGACCCCGAACAGACCUUUGGCAUUCCCCAGGAUGCCGACUAGAUAAAGAGAGGAAUUUGCCUUCUUUAAACUGAAAACCAUUGUGUGCCGCACACAUCUGGCUAGAUGUCUACCUUGGAGGAAGCUGUUGGUUGUUGAUACUCAACAGAAGUCACAGCUGCGGCAGGAGCAGAACCUCGGACGCAGCCAGAAGAGAAAAUGCCAAAGGAGGACCUUAGAGUGUAUUACGGGAUGAGGCUUUCAGAAAAAAGAAAUGUUGCUGACACAAACCACCGCGGCGGCCCACUGACCAGUAGAUCUAAGAGAACGUGUCUACCAAGUACUACUGACAGGAGGAUGGCACUCUGGCUUCCGGGAGGGCAGCUCACCCUGCUGCUGCUGCUGCUUCUGCUCCAAGUCCAACAGACACCUGCGGGGAGCACUGAGGCUGCUCCUAAGGUCGACGUUGACUUGACACCAGAUUCCUUUGAUGAUCAAUAUCAAGGAUGUAGCAAACAGAUGGUGGAGGAGCUAAAUCAAGGAGACUAUUUCAUGAAGGAAAUAGACACUCAUAAAUAUUACUCCAGAGCAUGGCAAAAAGCCCACUUAACUUGGCUGAACCAGGCAAAGUCUCUCCCGGAGGGCAUGACUACGGUGCAUGCCGUGGCCAUCUUGGUUUUCUCCUUGAAUCUCAAUGUGAGCUCUGACUUGGCCAAGGCCAUGACCAGGGCUGCACGGUCUCCUGGGCAGUACAGUCAGUCAUUCCACUUCAAGUAUCUGCACUACUACCUCACCUCAGCCAUCCAGCUGCUGAGGAAAGACAGCUCUACAAAGCACGGCAGUCUGUGUUACAAGGUACACCACAGGAUGAAGGAUGGGAACAUUGACGCCAGUGUAGGGUCCACCAUCCGAUUCGGCCAGUUCCUCUCUGCCUCCCUGCUAGAGGAAGAGACGCAGGCGUCUGGAAACCACACCUUGUUUACUAUCUUCACUUGUCUGGGUGCCUCUGUGCAAGACUUCACUCUCAGGAAGGAAGUCCUGAUCCCCCCCUAUGAGUUAUUUGAAGUCAUAAGUAAGAACUACACUUCCAAAGGACAUCUGAUAAACUUGUGGUCUGCUGGGAACAUGAGCGCGUAUGACUGCCAGCUGCUAAAAGCUUCCAGCCAGAAGCGCACCCCGGCCCCAAUGGUUAUUGUCUGCCUCUGUCUGGUCACUGUUGUUAUCUCGUCCAAAAGCGGAGAGCAAAGGAAUCUACUGGCUCCUUUUUAAAGGAACUUCUUAAACGUUUUUGCUCCUAUUUAGUUACCAGAAUCUGAGGCCCACACUUCCCACCGUACCACAGAAGACGCGAGAGACAGAAAAGUCUGAAAUCCCCACCUAAAGGGGUCUAUAUUGGCUGCUUUUUCUUGUUGCUGUCACCAAAACCAAUCACAGAAGUUCAAAGUUCAGGAGGAACGCUUCACUUGACUUAUAAACGUACAGAACAUCGUAGCCAGUAUUGUUUGGGACCAGAAGCACCAGGCACUAUAGAAGCCAAUAUGGGGCAGGAUAUCCAACCUCGAGGCCCCGCCCCUUGUGACUCACUUCCUCCAGCCAGGCUCCACCUCCUGAAGGUUCCACAGCCACAGAAAAAUAAUGUCGCCCUCAGGAGAUAAAGCACUCAACACAUGAGGGCCGUUUAACAUUCAAACCACAGCAAGGUCUUAGUGUUCAGUGCGCUCUUCCAGGAGAGGAGAUGGGAGUCCAGAUAGACAGGGGCAGAAUAUCCCUGCUCUGAGCAGGCUUUGCCCUACACAGACCUGUCUGCUCUGCCCUCUGCAGGGAUCUCACAAAGGCCCACUCUCUGCAGCCACUCAAGCAGAACUGGAAAAGGCCCUUAUCACACUAUCACUGAGAGCCAUGCAUAGCCUCCUCCUUGUCCCUCUGUGCCUUUGACUUACCCAGGCAAGGCACCCAAGGACACCAUGUGCCCAUUACUUGGUCAGAGAUCCACGUCCAAAUGACAAUCUGAAGGAAUCAGGCUACAUUUUCAAAAUUAGUUUUAGGUGCGCAGCUUUGAGAAUCUUUCUUUUGCAUGAUUACAAAAGCAGAGCACACAGGCACUCAGACUUGUGGCCAGCUAUCUCGCCACCAAGAAAGAAGAAUUUGCCUCCCUGAGAAGCUAACUCAAUGGAGGCAGCGCUAAGAAACAGGAAGGCAGGCAAGAGUGCGUUGAGCCUCUAGUGCCGAACUGUGCCUCUGCCGUACAGUCAGCCUCAUCUUUUCGUGAAUUAAUAAAUGGCGUCUGUGCUAACGCAA